CCGCUCAAUCCACAGGGGACCUGCUUGUUUGCUGUCAAAUCCGGUUCUUGGACGGACGCAGAUCCAUUAAACAGAGCUCCGGACCCGCUGGUUCCUCUCGAGUCCUGAUCCUCUGCAUCCGACCAUGGGCACAGACAUACACUGACUCUGACUGACACCAGUUAUGGGACCCCAACGGACUUGGUUCCCCAGGGCACGCUGCCAGGACAGCGAAUCUUCUGAUCCAGACCAGGAGAGGGAGAAGCUUUGGGCUGAGCUGUUUGAUCAGCUGGACCUCAACAAAGAUGGACAUGUCGAUAUCCUUGAACUGCGGACAGGACUGGCAGGCCGAGGGAUUUCCAAAGGCUCCCUGGAGAGGCUCGUGAAGGCUGGGGACACCAACCAGGAUGGAGUACUGGACUUUGAAGAGUUUACGCAGUAUCUUCGCACCCAUGAAAAAGAGCUCAAAAUCAUGUUUCGUAACCUGGACAGGAACAAUGACGGUCACAUAGAUGCAGCAGAGAUCCAGCACUCUCUGCACACUAUCGGUGUGAACAUUAGCCUUCAGGAUGCCACCAGGAUUUUGCAAAGAAUUGACAAAGACGGUACCAUGACCAUUGACUGGAACGAGUGGAGAGAUUAUUUCCUGUUUAACCCUCUCAGUAACAUGGAGGAUGUGGCACGCUACUGGAAACGUUCAAUGAUGUUGGAUAUAGGUGAGCAACUAACCGUCCCAGAUGAAUUUUCUGAAGAGGAGAAGAAGUCUGGUUAUGUGUGGCGGCAGCUGAUGGCUGGAGCCAUUGCUGGGUCUGUAUCUCGGACUGGAACUGCUCCCUUAGACCGCCUCAAAGUCUUCCGACAGGUUCACGGUUCCACUGAUUUUACAGGGAAUGUGCGGAGCACUUUUCAGUACAUGGUGAAAGAAGGAGGAUUGCGGUCGUUGUGGAGAGGAAAUGGAAUCAAUGUUCUUAAAAUUGCCCCAGAAACUGCAAUCAAAUUCACAGCUUAUGAACAGAUCAAGCAUGUGAUGCGUGGCGGUAAUGAGAGUAGAAAUCUGAGGGUUACUGAGAGGUUUCUUGCCGGCUGUUUGGCUGGUGCCAUAGCUCAGACAGCCAUCUACCCAAUGGAGGUGCUGAAGACCCGUCUCACACUAAGGAAAACAGGCCAAUACUCAGGAAUAGCAGACUGUGCAAAACAGAUCAUACAGAGGGAGGGUGUCUCAGCCUUCUACAAGGGCUAUUUACCCAACAUGCUGAGUAUUGUGCCUUACGCUGGCAUAGACCUGGCUGUCUAUGAGACUCUGAAGUUUUCCUGGCUGAACAGGAACAGAGGUUUGGCUGACCCAGGGGUUAUGGUACUGGUCGGCUGCGGUGCUGUUUCCAGCACCUGUGGACAGUUGGCAAGUUACCCGCUGGCACUGAUCCGCACCCGGAUGCAGGCACAAGCUUUAGUGAAGGGAUCCCCUAAACUCUCCAUGUCGACGUUACUCUACAACAUCGUGACCCAGGAGGGGCUGGCCGGACUUUAUCGAGGAAUUUCCCCUAACCUGCUGAAAGUCAUCCCUGCUGUCAGCGUGUCCUACGUCGUCUACGAAUACACAAGGAUAGUCCUGGGAGUGGACAUUGAGGGUAGGAGAGGCGGGAAAGGGAAGGGGUAGAAAAAGGUUAAAUGGUUUGGGGUGGCUUUCAACUACAAGCACGAACAAAUCUGUUGGCAAUGCAUGAGGAACUGGGCCUUGGCUCGUGAUGAAUACAUGGUCCUGUGAUCACAGGUCUUGAGCUUGCAGGAUGGGGAUGAUAGGAUGGAAAAUAAACCAUGCAGCUCACAUUUGGAGGAGCUCACCUGAACUGGCAGCUGCUGUGAUGAGUUUCACGUGUGAUAUAUUGCAGUGCAAUGCAUGUCAGCAGUUGUGUGAAAGUUAAUAAACUAGCCUCCUGCUACUGCAUUGACUUUGACAGAUGAAGACGAGCAUGAACUUGCCUGAGAACAAACAGAACCAAACUUGGGAGCCAUGUUACAUUCCUACAGCAUUAUCUUUUCUCCUAGGUGAUGUAUAGAGAAGAUAAAGGAUUGAUAGGAGGACUGAUCCAAUUUCCGGUUCUGUAAGUGAGGGGACCCUGAAGUCGCUGCACACAGGUGGAGUUACAGAGUCAGGACUUUGAUUGACUCAUCUUAAACCAAUGUUACAAAUACUAAAGUACAGAAAUAAUUACAAAACAACAACAGAAAACUACUGAACUGAAGCACAACAAAGGACUUUAUAUUUUACAGUAGUGAAACUGACACAGCCAUAUCAAGCAAGUAGGACCCUCAAUAACCUCUCUUGUAAAAUUCUUAUGUUUUAUAAGUCUUCCUGUUCAGAGAGGUGUGUUUGUGUCCUUUUUUCUAAUGUUUGAAACACACUACUGGGUCCAGUGCCACAUAGUAUUUUCAUAAACUGUAUGUAUAUACACUAUGGUAAAGAGUUUGUCUGUAUCAUGAAACAAUAACAAAUGAGAUUUAAUGCCAAUGAACAUUUUGAAUGUAUCAGUAUUUAUUAUAGAAUAUGCUAAUAAACCCAUGCAUUGGGCUGCUUUUGUUAAAUAAAUGCCAUUAAGCUUUUUUUCUGUAGAACUGAAAUGUUGAGAAUUGGUAGCUUUCCAUAAACCCGACAGCCUAAUAAACUCACUGCACUAAUACUCA